AUGGUUUAUGUCUCACCGCAAGGACUGCGACGGAUACCAUUAUUGGACGCUACUACGUUCCAUGAUCUGAAACAGUUUGCUUUUAAACAUCAUGAGUCAGUUAAGCAGGUGGAAGACAGAGUAGUUGUAUAUAAGUUAAAACUUGAAGACGAUGGAUCACUCGGCCAUGAUAAGAAGUAUAUCAGACUCCCUCCACCUGAGAAACCAUACAUCCUUCGACUCAAUCUGAAAUCUGGAUCACCAGUUUCUCAUAAUACUACAUUCUACACGAAUUAUCCGAUUGAUGGAUCCCAGUAUGAGGGAAAGAAAUUCCAUUCUAUCAAAUCAUUAACAGGCUUCACCAGAACAGUUAACUUUGACAUUGCAAUAAAACAAUCGGGAUCAUUUGAGUUUUAUUUCGAAUACACCUUGCCUGCGCAAAAUCCGGGCGAGAAGUCUCAAAACACAAGAAAGUCACCUCAUGGCUACUUCUCAGUCGACCCUAUCCUCCACGUCAUGUCACGUCCACGUAUUCUGUCCCCUGACAAGACAUCUGAUGGACCCACCGUAUCGCUUCCAAUUGACGGUAUCGUUAUUCAGACCGUCCUUCCUAAACUCCUCGGUCCAAUCUCACGAUGGGAGCCUUUAAUUAAAUCCAUCUCUGACUUGGGAUAUAACAUGGUUCAUUUUGUGCCCAUGCAAGUGAGAGGAAAUAGUGACUCUCCGUUUUCUAUUUACAAUCAGUUGGAGUUUUCCAACGAUCUGUUUGACGAGCAAGAUCAACAUAAAAGCGUUGAGGAAAAGAAUGAAAUUGUAUCUAAUAUAUUGAAGAAAAUGGAAAACGAAUACGGCGUGUUAAGUUUGACUGAUGUGGUAUGGAAUCAUACUGCACAUAAUUGUCAAUGGCUGAAAGAACAUCCCGAAGCAGCAUAUAAUGUACAUAACUCUCCCCAUCUAAGCGCUGCGUAUGAACUUGACACGGCUCUCCUUCACUACUCUGAAAAUCUUAAAUCUUACAAUUUACCUACUCGCAUCAACUCGGAGAAGGACAUCGACGCCAUCAUAAACGGCAUCAAAACUCACGUCCUACCCAAACUACGGCUAUGGGAAUUCUAUACAAUUGACGUAAAGGCCUCUAUAGAAGAAUUGCGUAAAGCACUGGAAAACGAUGAAGAAACAGACGAUACGCUCUUCAAAGAGUUUGAUGUCGCUUGUCUCAAUCUUGGUGACCAAGGCCGCCUUCUAUCCAAAGCGCUCGAACCUAAAUCUUUUGGGCCUCGCCAUUAUCGAAAAAUUCGUAAAUCUGUUGCUUUAGCGUUUGUUAAGAAAUGGCGCGACACAAAGGUAAAGGCUGCCAUGUUAGAAGCUAUUGCAAAAGCUAAGGGCGAGGCUGAGGAGCGAUUAAAGGCAGCUGUGCUCGCACGCACUAUGGCUGAGACCAAAGCCGCCAAAAACGGUGUGUCUGAUGUUACUGGAAACAAGACGAUUCCCGCCGAAAAAGAAGCUGGAGCGCGUGCUGAGGUUGAGAAUUACACAAAGGCUAAAGAUUACGUCAAAGCUAGGUUUAAGGCUCUGGCGACGGCUAAUGAGAAUAAUGAAAGGCUUAAUCAGAAGGAUGCGAUGGAAAAGGAAAACAAAAGCACUGAGGAUAUCACGUCAACUACUGUUGGAAGAGCAAUGUCUAGGAGCACAAGUUUUGCAAUUGAUGACGAUAGUGAGGAUAAUGAGAUAAUUAGGAAUCUUCCCAUUCCGGCAGUUGACACCAUCAGACCAAGUAUCGAUGAUAUAUUCAGGCAUUACGAAGCCAUAUUGAAUGAGAUUAAUCUACCAUUCUACAAAACAUAUGACAAAGACGUCGGAGUUAUUUUGAAUAAUGUGCGUAAUAGGUUGAAAUAUUUACGACUCGACGCACACGGACCCAAAUUAGGAGAAAUUACCAAGAAAUCUCCUUUUAUCGAGACAUAUUUCACUCGUCUUAGAGCCGAAGACGUUGGCAGUAACCAUCGCGCUGAGGAGUUGGCAGUGGCUAACAAUGGCUGGAUAUGGAACGCAAAUCCACUUAUUGACUUUGCAAGUGCAGACUCUAACGCUUAUUUAAGGCGAGAAGUCAUAGUGUGGGGAGAUUGUGUCAAACUGCGUUACGGUAAAAGUCGAGAUGAUAAUCCAUGGCUAUGGGACCACAUGACCAAAUACACAACAAAUCUAGCAAAGAUGUUUCAUGGUUUUCGAAUUGAUAAUUGUCACUCUACUCCAAUCCACGUUGCCAAGCACUUGCUUGACGCAGCGCGACGUGUCCGUCCCAACCUGUAUGUCGUUGCCGAGUUGUUUACUGGGUCUGGCGAUCUGGAUAUUCGAUUUGUGAGAGAACUUGGUAUUAACUCUUUGAUCCGUGAAUCCCUGAAGGCAUGGGAUUCUCCAGAAAUGGCUCGUUUGAUCCAUGAAUAUGGAGGAAAAUAUAUAGGUUCUAUGAGCAAGAAAUGUAUUUCAGAGGAAUCAGUCUGUACUUCUCCCGAUGGUCAACAAAAUGCUUCAUGCAUAAUCGUACCAAUAGUGGGGUCUAAACCUCAUGCUUUGCUGAUGGAUUGCACGCAUGACAACGAAACUCCUCAUCAAAUUAGAACUGCCGAAGACACUCUUCCUAAUUCUGCUCUCACCACUAUGGCAUCCUGUGCUGUGGGAAGUGUUAGAGGAUAUGAUGAAAUAAAUCCAUAUCUUAUUAACCUCGCGACUGAGAAACGGCUGUAUAAAAUUUAUGAGAAUCCAGUCGAGGUUGGAAUUGGGAAAGUCAAAAGGAUUCUUCAACAUUUACACACCGAGAUGGCAAUUGAUGACUUUUCCGAAACAUACCUGCAUCAGGAGAAAGAUUACAUAAUAAUCCAUCGUGUUCACCCCCGUUCUUAUUACGGUUACUUGCUAGUCGCUCGGAGCGCCUUCUCCGGUAACGCAAACCCCAAAAGUGAUCUCUCGCCAUUCAAACUCCGGGGCGCUUCUGCCGAACUUGAGCAAUUAUUCUCAGCACAGCUAGAAAUCAAUUCCCGCACUGCUCUCACGGAAAACGGAUUACUCAACGGUCUGCCGGCCACUAUUAAAAAGCUCCAUUCGCCUAUUGUGAGGAAGCUGUCUGACAUACAUGGUCCAUACAUUGAAUUUAUUUUACCGGCCGUAUUUCCACCGGGUAGUGUAAUUUUGUUGAGAACAGCUAUGGACGAUAAACUAGAAAACCUAGAAGACUUUAUUAGAUCAGGGGCUGAUGAAGCGUUUAAACAUUUGGACUUGGUUGAUUUGAACAUUGCACUAUAUAGAUGCAGCGGAGAAGAGCGAGACGUUACACCUGGUCACGGGUCAUAUACAGUGCCUGGUCAUGGGGAACUACCUUAUUGCGGGAUUGCUGGGUUCAUGUCCGUAACUGAGCCGAUCUUGAAAUACAACAAUUUGGGACAUCCGUUCUGUAACAAUCUGAGAGAGGGUCAUUGGGCACUGAAUUAUGUUGUGGCAAGACUGGAUAGGCAUCUUUCAUUAGCGCCUAAUCUCAAGCCUUUACGCGAAUGGUUUGACGAACGCUUUGCGGCAAUUAAAUCAGUUCCCAACUUUCUCGUUCCCAAAUACUUUGCAAUUGUCAUAAAGACAGCGUACGAUGCGGCACGUAAACGGGCCAUCGAGCAAUUCUCUCCAUUCGUGCAAGAGGGCGGCUUGUUUAUCCAAUCGCUAGCGCUAACGUCCGUCCAAAUGUACGGAGUUGUCCAUUCCACCGCGUUACAUCCGGUCGAGGGAGGUCCGUCGAUGGCGGCAGGGCUCCCUCACUUCACUUUCAGACACAUGAGAGUAUGGGGACGUGAUGUAUUUAUUUCGUUAAGAGGAUUAUUUCUCACCACUGGCAACUACGAAGCAGCUAAAAGACAUAUUAUUGCCUUUGGUGGCGUAGUAAAGAAUGGGUUGGUUCCUAACCUGCUUGACGCGGGUAGAUUCCCUAGAUAUAACUGCCGUGAUGCCGUUUGGUGGUAUUUACAAUCAAUUCAGGAUUAUUGCACAUUCAGUCCGGAUAAUAUAGGAUUCCUCAAAGAACGUGUGCAACGUCGUUUCCCUGAAGAUGUGGACUUUGUUGUCCACGAUCACCCGAGUGCCUACAGCUAUUCUAGCACGAUUACAGACAUAAUUCAAGAGAUUUUAGAAUCUCAUGCUAAAGGCAUUCACUUCAGAGAAUGGAACGCUGGGCCCGAUUUAGAUACCUUUAUGAAAGAUGAAGGUUUUCAAAUUGAUAUAGACGUUGACUGGGAUACCGGAUUUAUCUAUGGUGGAAAUGAAUGGAACUGUGGUACAUGGAUGGACAAGAUGGGCGAAUCUGCCAAUGCUGGUAAUUUGGGUAUACCGUCUACUCCGCGUGACGGUGCUGCUAUCGAAAUAAUUGGAUUGCUAAAGUCUGCCUUACGAUGGGUGUCUCAACUGUAUGACAAAGGGCUUUAUCCAUAUGAAGGCGUUAAUGUCGAUGUCAAGGGGGAGAAGAAAUUUAUAAAAUUCAAGGAAUGGGGAGAUCUGAUCCAGAAGUCUUUUGAAAAGUAUUUUUAUAUUCCAAAAGAUUCGGCAUUCGAUUCUCAACACGUAAUAAACUCUAAGCUAGUAAAUCGCCGGGGCAUAUAUAAGGAUACUUACAGAUCGUCCAAAGAAUAUGCUGACUAUCAAUUAAGACCCAACUUCCCUGUCGCUAUGGUUACGGCUCCCGAACUGUUUGACGAGCAACAUGCAAUGGAGGCAUUGCGCAUCGCCAAAGAAGUGCUUGCUGGCCCGUUGGGAAUGCGUACUCUAGAUCCUACUGAUUGGGCUUAUCGUGGUGUCUACGACAAUAGCAAUGACGGAACCGACAAAUCCAUUGCUAAAGGAUGGAAUUAUCACCAGGGACCAGAAUGGUUAUGGUGUACUGGAGUUUUCCUUCGAGCUUAUUUAUAUUUCGACACUCGCGCUGGUGCCGGAAAGGAUAACAUCCACGAAACUAUCUACACAAUCGUUCACCAUCUCCUUCCGCAUCGUAAAACAAUCGAAACUAGUCCGUGGGGCGGUCUACCUGAAUUAACUAACAAGGACGGUGCUGAAUGUCACCAUGCAUGUCCAACACAAGCAUGGUCGUCAGCCGCAAUUCUUGAUUUACUUUACGAUAUUAGAAAAUCGGGAACUCCGAUAACGAUUGAGUAA